GGAGUAGAAGGGUUGAGUGGAGAACGAGGAGAGAAAGGUGAGAAAGGAGAUCCAGGCAUUCGAGGCAUCAGUGGACAAAAAGGAGAAUCUGGUGUCCAGGGUUUGACUGGACCUCCUGGUCUCAGAGGUCAGCCAGGAGAUAGAGGACCCCCAGGACCACCUGGAUCAGAUGGAAAACCUGCACGAGAAUUUUCAGAAGAGUUUAUUCGACAGGUGUGUUCAGAUGUACUGAGAACCCAGCUGCCUGCCAUUCUCCAGAGUGGAAGACUACAAAACUGUAACCAUUGUCAGUCCCAAAGUGCUCCCCCAGGACUUCCAGGACCACCAGGUCCAAGAGGCCCUGAAGGCCCAAGAGGGUUUCCUGGUUUACCAGGGAAUGAUGGCAUUCCAGGGCUGAUGGGCAUGCCAGGUCGCCCUGGGGCUCGUGGGACAAGAGGACUGCCAGGGAAGAAUGGUGCAAAAGGCAGUCAAGGAGUUGGUGUUCCUGGGAUCCAAGGCCCCCCAGGACCCCCAGGUCCUGAAGGUCCACCAGGCAUGAGUAAGGAGGGACGUCCUGGAGAGCGUGGGCAGCCUGGGAAAGAUGGAGAUCGUGGCACUCCAGGAAUGCCAGGACCAGUUGGGCCCCCUGGAAUUUGUGACCCAUCACUGUGUUUUAGUGUAAUUGUGGGGAGAGAUCCAUUUAGAAAAGGACCGAAUUAUUGAUUUGUGAUAUGAAAAUUUAGAGGAAUAGUUACGGUGCUUGUCUUUCAUGGUCUUUCAAAUCUCAGGAAGGUGACCAGCAGUAAUCCCAUAAGAAGGAACAAAAGUACCUCUGACAUUAAAAGUAUUAUAAAUAAUGAUCUCAAAGGUUAUACAUUCCAAAACUCCGGUCAGUUUUUUUUAUACCUUGCACUGGUUGAUUCUCAAGUGUUUUUAAAUUUUAAUAGAAAUAAAACUAACUAUAGUAUUUGGUAUUUAGUAUUUAAUGUCCUAUCAUUCUCCUUUUACUUCUUUUUACCAAAGAAGGUC